UCACUUUUAGGCCGUUAUAAUGUUCUAGACGAUCCAAUGUCAUCAAACGUUCUUAAUCCUGGUUUUAUUAACAAUCGUAUCUGCAUGAAUUGUGGACGGUCAUUUCAGUCAGGCUCUAAUUUUGAAUUUGAUGGUGGUAGCGCUUAUAUGUGAAUGCUGAGGACAUUUUAGUUUUGAGGACGAUGAUAAUUAUUUAAUUUAAAGGUUGUUUUGAUCUCAAAAUUUUAUUUGGUUAUUAAAUAUUUCUAAAAUUUUUAUUUUUUUUUCGUUUAGUUGCUUUACUAGAAAAUUUUAUUUUUUAAUUUUAUUCGUUUUUUUUUGAAGCGUGUCGUAAUGCCAAAACGCUGAAUUACCAAACUCCGGUAUUUUUUUGAGUAUAUUGCCUUCUUCCUUAUUGUUGGUGUGAGUAUCAGUUAUUCCUUCCUUCUUUAUUAGCUAUUUUUGGGUAGGCAAUAAAAUUUAUUUUUUUUUCGAUUGCUCUUACAUUUUCGCUUGCAUUGCUUGAAGAAAAUAAAAGAUCGCAUGAAGAAGGAAAGAGAGCUGAGACUCAAACUACGUUAUGGAGGGGGGGGGUAUCCAAAAACUAGCCAGACCCCUCAAAGUAGACAGACCCUCCUUAUGACGUCAUUUUUAGAGUUUUGGCAUUUCGGCGCUUUUCGACGUUUUGGCAUUACGACACUUCCUUUUUUGUUCAUUAAAAAUAAAAGGAUGCUUAAAAAGAAGUUUACUUUAGUUGAUGGAGUCGAUAAAAUUUCUUCUCGUCUUCGUCCAGGCAGGCAUAUUUGUGGUUGCCAAGCACGUAUACACGAUUUAAUAAGGAAUUGUUUAAAUUGUGGAAGGGUAGUGUGUGAACAAGAAGGAAGUGGUCCUUGUUUUUAUUGUGGAACGAUUGUGUGUACUAGAGAGGAAAGACAGAUUCUCAAAAACCGAGAUAAUAAGGCUUUGGAAUUACUCAGAAAAUUAACUUCAAACCCUCAAUUACAAAAUUUUGAUAUUUUGGAUUCUGCAGGGAAUUUGGAGGAUAUUCAAUCAAUUCAACAAAAAUUGUCUUUGUCCUCUCUAGCAGAAAGUAUUCAAAAUGCACAGAAAUACAAACAAAAAUUGUUAUUGGCGGAUAAAGAUCAAGAAGUCACAAAAGUCAACGAUUUACAAUCCGAUUAUUUCUCACUGGAAUUAAACCCUUAUUUAACCACUUCUGAACGUGAAGCUAUAGUAAAAAGAAAAGAAGAAUUGAGACAAUUAGCUUUGCAAGCUAAAAGAAAUAUUUUGGUUGAUUUGGAUGUUGCAACUGGAAAAUUGGCUGAACAGAAAAAGUUAGAACAAAUCGAAUCCGUUAACGACCCAGUACUUCAAUCAAUUUUGGCUAAUUCUGUUGCUAAAAAUUUACAUAGAGAGCAAAAUAUAAGCAACAUAGAAGAAGAAAACAAUGAAGAAGAUGGUGAUAUGGCUUCAACAUUUAAGCCUAGGUACAACGCCGAAACAAGCCAAAGAAAAAUUCAACUUGAAGAAGUCUUUGCUUCCUUAUCAACAAAAUAUCCCAAAAAUUAUUUUAAUUUAAUAAAAGAGGAUGAAGAUGGAAGUGAAGAGGAAGGUGGAGGAUUAUUCUAUAAUAAAUUUGAAGAUAUUGCCUUUGACGUUAAAUAA